AUGGGGCUAUCCUUCUUCCUCAUUGAAAUUGUUCUCCCAACCCUUCUUCUCAACUUGACAGCCUCCAUUAUCUCUGCUCAAUCAACCGAUAAAAAUAUCACUGAUUUCUCAUGCUCGGCUUCACCCUGUAAAACUUACGUCACAUACCGGACUCAGCCCCCUGACUAUAUUGAACUCGGUCAGGUUUCUGAUCUCUUUGGUGUCAGCCGUCUCUCUAUAAUGACAGCAAAUAAUCUACCAUCGGAGGAUGUCACUUUUUUCCCUGACCAACUUGUUUUUGUCCCGAUUUUAUGUGGCUGCACCGGAAACCGAUCCUUUGUCAACACCACGUAUGAGAUCAAGGCUGGAGACAGCUUUUACUUCGUUUCAAUCAGUGCGUUUGAGAAUCUUACGGAUUAUCAGGUCGUCCAAGAUUCAAAUCCGAUGCUGGUUCCCGCCAGUCUGAAGGUUGGGCAGGAAGUCAUUUUCCCUAUUUACUGCCAGUGCCCCUCCAAGACCCAAUUGGAUCAGGGAUUCAAAUUCCUUGUAACUUACGUUUGGCAACGAGAAGACGACAUCUCUUCACUGAGUAGGAAAAUGAAUACAUCAUCUGAAGCCAUAGUCAUUGCUAACAACUAUAGAAAUUUCAGUGAUGCAAUUGCUUUUCCUAUACUGAUUCCAGUCUCAAGGCUCCCACUACUUCCAUCACGCUACUACAACACCUCCUCUCGUGAGAAGCAGAAUGCCAAUGGCCUCGGAAGUGUCUGGCUCGUAUCACUUCUAGUCACUUCUAGUAUUGAAACCGCCGGUCUCCUUCAAUUAAAGAGUACCUCAUCUACUGAUCAAAAUUUCAGUCCUAGGGUAGCAGACAAGCUAUUGACCGGAUUAACAGAGUACAUAGACAAGCCAGUCAUCUUUGAGACCCAAACGAUCUUAGACGCCACGAGGAAUUUAGAUCAGAAAUUUAGAAUCAGUACUUCAAUUUAUAAAGCCAUCCUCUGUGGAGGAGAAGUGUUUGCUGUGAAGCAAAUGCAAGGUGAUGGCUCACAGGAGGUAAAUAUACUACGAAAGGUCAAUCAUGCAAACUUAGUGAAGUUGAUUGGGAUUUCUACAGGAAUUAAUGGGAAAUGCUUCUUGGUUUAUGAAUUUGUAGAGAAUGAGUCUUUGGAUAAAUGGUUGUACCCAGAAAAUGCAUCCUCUUCGAGAUCUGUGUACUUUCUUUCAUGGAAGCAGAGGCUGAUGAUAGCUUUGGAUGUUGCUAAUGGCCUUCAGUAUUUGCACGAGCAUACUACGCCAAACAUUGUUCACAGAGAUAUUCGUACAAGAAGCAUCCUUCUCGAUUCUAAUUUCAAGGCUAAGAUAUCAAACUUCUCUAAUGCCCAAGCUGCAUCAAAUUCUAUAUCCCCAAUGAUUGAUAUCUUUGGUUUCGGGAUUGUCCUAUUAGAGUUGCUCUCAGGCAGGAGGGCUGUAGGAACCAAAGAAUUGUUGAAGGAGAUAAGGUUGGUUUUUUAUGCUGAGGAGAAGGUUGAGGAGAGACUAAGGAAAUUUAUGGAUUCUAGUCUUGGCGAGUUUUAUCCUAUAGAGGGAGCUUUAAGCCUGGCAUCGGUGGCGAGGGCUUGCACUUCAGAGCUUUCAUUGCAGAGGCCAAGGAUGUGUGAUAUAGCGUUAAGCCUCUCGCUUCUUGCUCACUCGAGCAGUGGUGAGCUUGAAACGAGGUUGAGUUCUCAUUCUGGGGAGACUGUUGGGAUUAAUAAUCCCAUUAUCGCCCGUUGA